AAACCAAACCAGGAACAAAAGGCGACAUUUUUGGGGCUGCCCAUGUUGCCUUACACCUGUAAGAAAAAAGGAAUCCGAAUAUUAAUUUCUCAAAAUUCUUUUUAACUUUUGUUUGUUGAUCCUCAAAGCAACCAAAACCAUACCCAAACCAAACCCUCAAUUCUUUCUCAGAGACAGAUAGAUUCCUAUAUUUGCUGCUGCACCAUCGCUCUCUUUUUCCUUUCCAAUUCCAAACAAAUAUGGCAAAUGCAGCAUCGGGUAUGGCAGUCCAUGAUGACUGCAAGUUAAGGUUUUUGGAGCUCAAGGCAAAAAGGACACACAGGUUCAUAAUUUAUAAGAUUGAGGAGAAGCAGAAGCAAGUCAUUGUGGAGAAGCUUGGUGAGCCAACCCAAGGCUAUGAAGAUUUCUCUGCUAGCCUUCCUUCUGAUGAGUGUCGUUAUGCUGUUUAUGAUUUUGAGUUUCUGACAGAAGGGAAUGUCCCCAAAAGCAGGAUUUUCUUCAUUGCAUGGUCCCCUGAUACAUCAAGGGUCAGAAGCAAGAUGAUUUAUGCAAGCUCCAAAGACAGAUUCAAGAGAGAGCUAGAUGGAAUUCAAAUAGAGUUGCAAGCAACUGAUCCUACUGAGGUUGGUCUUGAUGUGUUCAAAAGCCGUGCCAACUAAAUGAUUAUCAAUAGCAGCCUUUAUGCCGGGGAGUGCCCCUUAAGGCUUAGUUAUUAUAUGAAAAUUUCUAUUUCGCGGGAUGGUCAUUUUGGCCAGUUAUGGUUUCAAUUUUCCCAAGUUGUGGCAUAAUCUCUAUCACACCUGAAGUGCUUGUGAUUUGUGAUGUUUAUCUCCUUUUUGUUGGAGUGGUAUUUUAGUCCUAUGCUUAAUAGUUGAAUUUGUACCUGUUCUGUGUGAUCGGACAUAAAAUAUGGUUCACCUUAUGACAUUAUUCGGCUGAUAUAUGCUUUCUUUUGUAUGGAUAGGAUAGGCAACAAAUGCCCCCCUGUUCUUGCAACAACAUUUUGUAUUCUUUUUUGUUUCGUGUUAUGAGAUCCUAUUCUAUUGGUUGAGUUU